AUGACGAAAUCUGGAGACGAUGCUGCCUCUGAUGAAGUUAGUCGAGAACUGGACACUCUUGGUCAGGGCUACGCCCCCAGCAUGUAUGGCCGCCAGCUGGACAACCUGGGACAGGGCUUCGUCCAUUCCAUGUACGGCAGGGAGUCCGAAGAUGGCGACGAGGCGAACGCGGAACCAGUGGACGAGGCAGAAGAAUGGGGGAACGUUGCAAAACGACCCUUCGAUAAGAUCGGAAGCGGCCGGAUGGCCUCCUUCGUGAAACGCCCCUUCGACAGAAUCCAGAGCGGCCGCAUGUCUUCUUUUGUCAAACGACCUUUCGACAGGAUCAACGCAGGCAGAUUGGCGUCCUUUGUCAAACGACCUUUUGACAAAAUCGGCAGUGGACGACUGGCUUCUUUCGUCAAACGCCCCUUUGACAGGAUAGGCGCAGGGAGAAUAGCUUCUUUUGCGAAACGACCAUUCGACAGAAUCGGCGCCGGCCACAUGUCAUCUUUCGUGAAACGUCCAUUCGACAGAAUUCAAAGUGGCGCCAUGGCGUCUUUUGUCAAAAGAGAAACUUCAAAAGAGAUUAGCCAAAAGGAAACUGCCAAGGCAUAAAAGUCACCAGAAAAAAAUGUCCCACUUCAAUUCUUUAGGUGAGCAAAAAAAUGACAAUUUGAUUAAUGUUUGGGGUUUUU